AGUUACAUUUAAUAAUACAUUUGUUAUUUUAUCUUAUUUGUUAUUGUAGUGAAAAUAUUUUUACAACAAAUAUCAGUACGAGCCUUAAAAAUGUGGUCCGAUUCGAUUGGAUCCAAAUAUAUAUAUGUAUAAUUUUAGAUGAACUACAGAAUACAUAACAUAUUUUCUAUUCAGAGUACAUUUAAUCUACUUUUUCACCGUGAAGUAAAAUAUAAUCGACUGGAUCAUAAUCAUAGAGAGAAUGGGUCAAUCAGGGGCUGACAUUCUUUACACUGCAUCAUAGACAAGUACACUAUAUAGCACUGCAUCUUGAAAUACGAUUUAUCACUUCGGAAAUAGCUGUUAAUAUAUUGCGAGUUUUACAGGUAGCGCCAAUUUCAACCAAUUGACAAAUAGUGCAUGAUGCUGCUGAUUAUAUUCCUAUGUUUUCCAGCACAAUAGAUGACACUUCUAAUGAUAAAUUUAGUAUUUGCAUACGCAUUAUUGAAAACAUGGAAUAUAUUUAUGAGCAAGUAACAGGACAUGCACUAAUUUCAGUUCUUUGUUUGAGAAAUAUCACACCACCGGAUAUACAUAAAAUACCAAUACAUAUUCUUUUUUCUGAUCAUAAAUUACUAGCAGUAUAUAGACGAGGAUGGUAUGAAAGUAUUGACUACAAAAAUAUAAAUUUAGGAAUGAUUUUAAAUAAAAACCCUAUAGGACCUAAAUUAGAUAUUAAAUUAAAAAAUUUGGCUCCAGAUAAGAUAUUAUCUGUUGUUCAAUAUUGUAAACGUACUAUAACAUCAAUUUCUUACAUAUACCAGAAAAUAACAGGCUUUUCUAUAUUAUCCCCUAAAAUGUGUCAUUGGAUGGAUCAAAAUUUCUCCAAUAUAAAAAUCCAAGAUUUAUUAUCUGAUGAUUUGUUAGCAGCUGUAUAUUCACGAGGUUGGAGUGAUCAAGAAAGCAGUAUUGUAAAUAUGAUAAAUUUUUCAAAUAUUGAUGGAAGAUCUACUUCACUUAAUAGUAAUAAUAUAAAUAACAAGACAAUUAUUAUAAACCAGAUAAUUCAAAAUACAGUACAAAUUAGUACUACCAAUGAACUAACAGAAAAAAUGGCUUCAAGAAAGAAAAUUGAAAUUUCUAAUAAAAAUAAUGUAGCUGCAAUUUCAGAAAAAAAACUAAGUACUAAUUUAAAAAAAAAUGAUAAAAACCAUGAUAAUGUUAAGAUAAUUGCCCAAAAAUAUAAUGAUAACAAAAUUAUGUUUGAAAAAAAUAAUAAAAAAAUUGAACAUUUUCAUAAAAUUGAAAAACUAGAAGCACCCGAAAGUAACAAUAUAGCUGAUAGUAAUUUAGGUUGCAAAAAUGAAAGCAUAAGAAGAUACCAACCUUUUCCUUCAAUGACAAAAAAUUAUUAUAAUUCUAAUAUUAUUUCUGAAACAAACAAUUUAAUGGAGAAACAAACUCCUAUAAAAAAUUUAUGUUUUAUAAAUGAAAAAAAUCCUAACAUGUGUUCCAAAAACUACUUUAAUGAGACAUUGAAAUUAAAAAGAAAAUGUAAAGAUAUAAAGACUACAUUACAAAGUCAUAAACAGAUUUAUAAUUUUCAUGAUGCACACAUAAAUGGGAGUAAUGUUGAAAAAAAAAAUUUAAAUACAUGUAAUGUGUCAUCAAAUAGUCUUGCCAAUGACACUAAAGAUAGUGAAAAUUAUGAGUCAGUUGUUGAUGAUAUAUUGAACUAUAUUAAUAGAGAAAUACUAAAACAAGGCAAUUGUAUCAUAAAUAAUUCUAAUACAGAAAAAAAUCUUAUAAAAAAAAAGAAGAGAAGACGUCAAAAAAAAAACAUUAAAAAUAAAUAAUUUAACUAUAUAAAUAUAUUAUUUAAUGGGAUGGUAUCAAUUAACUAUAUUACAAGGAAAAACUACCUAAAAUCAUUAAUUUG